AUGGCAAUCAAUAUGUCCAACAAAAAAGCUCUCAUAGGACAAAUUCUUCCUGAAAUAGAAUUUAAUAUUACAGCGAAUGGUCUCACUAUUUCUGCUUCUGAGCGUAUUUCUACCCCUCGUUUUGUACCAUUCGACCAUGCCGGACGCUGUCGAGAAUGUAAGGGAUCCGAAGUGGAACUCGACUUUGUUGUCACCAAGGAGGGAGUGACUUGUUAUUGUACGCGAAUCAAAACACCUACGUUUAUACCGUUUGACACCAUCCAUGAUCUUCCAGGCCACUGCUUUUUUAAAAUCAAGAACAAAGGCCGAAUUUUCAACAUUGAACAUGGAUCCCCACCAUGUGCAGCGACUCCUAUUAUUAAAAAUAUUCAGCCUGAGAAAAAUGAUGUUGAAGUAUCACCAAUAAAACCGCCUUCACCUAAAAAGAUAAAGCAAGAAAUCCCAGCCGAUGAAGAAUUCGAAAAUAUUCUUCAGGAAUUCUUCGACAACAUAGGCACUACUAAUUCCACUACUACGAGCGAAGUUAAGAUAGAAAAAGAAAUUUGCCAAGAAAAAAUUAAAGAAGAACAGAAAAAAGAGGUUAUAGAAAGUCCCCCUCAUAUUGAAAAUUUAGACAAUAUACCGAUUCAUUGA